AUGUGGGAGAGAACCCUCCAAGACCUCAUCCGGGGGCUCCGGGCCAACAAGAAGGAUGAGGCCAGGUUCAUCGCAAAGGCUGUCGAGGAGAUCAGGCAGGAGAUCAAGUCAGAGGACAUGGAACUGAAGGCCGGAGCUGUUCUCAAGCUAACCUAUACGAUUGUAUACUUAGAUCCAGACGAAAUCUGGCAGCUUGACAUGCUCGGCUACGACAUGAGCUGGGCCUCUUUCCAUGUUGUGGAGGUUAUGUCCUCACCAAAGGCACAUCUCAAGAGUGUUGGAUAUUUGGGUGCUGUCCAAUCGUUCAAUGAGGACACCGACGUCCUCAUGUUGACCACCAAUCUGCUGAAGAAGGACCUCAGCUCUAAUCCUACAGACGUCGCCAUUACAUUGAAUGGUUUCUCUCAUAUCGUCACUCCAGACCUGGCCCGAGACCUGGCCCCAGAGAUUAUUGCCAUGCUCACCCACUCGCGACCACACAUACGGAAACGGGCGAUUAUCGCUGUUUACAAACUCAUGGUAAAAUACCCCGAAGUCACGCCUCAAGCGCGACCGCGUCUCGAGGAACGCCUCGAGGACACCGAUCCGUCCGUUGUUGCUGCCUGUGUCAACGUACUGUGCGAGCUCGCUCGGCAGAAUCCACAGGACUACCUAUCCCUUGCCCCUCAACUAUUCCAUCUGUUAACCACCUCGUCAAAUAACUGGAUGUUAAUCAAGAUCGUCAAACUGUUCGGAUCCCUAUGCCCUCACGAACCUCGUUUGGUGAAGAAGUUGCUCAACCCCAUAACCGAGCUCAUCACCACAACUCCCGCCAUUUCGCUUCUGUACGAAUGUGUUCACACUUGUAUCAUCGGCGGCAUGUUGCAAGGAUCGAACGGCGCUUCGUUGGCGAAAACUUGCGUCGCUAAACUGGCCGCCUUUAUCGAAGAUACGGACCAGAACCUGAAAUACAUUGCUCUCCUUGCUAUGACCAAGAUUGUCCCAAGCCAUCCGCAUCUAGUCGGAGAAUACCGCGACACCAUCCUGGCGAGCGUUAGCGAUCAAGAUAUCAGCAUACGGAUGCGUGCGCUUGACUUGGUCACAGCUAUGGUGGACCAAAGUAACCUCCAAAGCAUUGUUCAACAGCUAUUGACACACCUCGUACCCAACACUGAGCUGCCCUCCGCUGUACGGUCUUUGCAAGAAUCGGCUGAAGCGUCGGCUCCGAGGUCAUCAACCGCGGCUCCUCUCACACCCGCCUAUCGGCUUACCCUGGCAGAGAGGAUUCUGGAGAUGUGUUCAGCUUCGAUGUACGAGAACGUUACCAACUUUGAGUGGUAUGUCUCGGUCAUGGUUGACCUUGUCCAUGUGUCCAACGUCAAGAUCGGCGCUCAAAUCCGCGAUCAACUGGUGGAUAUUGCUUGCCGAGUGCGGGGUGUUCGUCCUUAUGCCGUGAAGGUGCUAUACACACUGUUGGCAGACGAUGCUUUGUUGCAGAAUGCUCAUGACGAGCGUUCUUGCUCGGAAGCUUUGUGGGCAGCGGCUUGGAUAUGUGGCGAGUAUUGCAGUGAACUCCUAGAGCCUCAGAAGCUCAUCCCAUAUCUCCUGCAACCGGAGGUAUCCAACUUGACCCCCGAUAUUGUGGCUGUCUAUAUCCAAGCUACAGUCAAAGUCUUUGGCACAUGGGCAGCCGAAUUGGGUGAACAGUGGGACGAUGACCGUCUUCCAGAGCUUCAGGAGAUUGUACAGGCGAUCAAGUCGCGAAUGGAGGAACUCGUUUCUAAUUCAAAUGUUGAGGUGCAGGAACGGGCAUCCAAUGCGUUGGAACUGUUCACAUUUAUCUCUGCGGAUCUGAAGAGCUGGAAGCCCCAAACCCAAGCAGGUCCAUCCACGGUGGAAGGGUUUAACGCCGACGCUCCCGCGUUCCCCAAGUCGCUCUAUCUCAUUCAGCCCUUGAUCUCCGUGCAUGAACUCAACCCAGUGGCAGAGACUGCCCAGUCGUGUGUCCCGGUUCCUGAAGGCUUGGAUCUCGAUGAAUGGUUUGUCGCACCACCACCAGAACCUGUCAUGGAGGAACGCCCCAUGGGCGAGAAGAAGAAGAGGGCGAAGAAAGGGAAGGAGAAACAGGACAGUGGAAAGAAAUCGGACAAGAAGAAGAAGAAGGGGAAGGAAGUGGACAUCAACAGUGGCGACAUUCUCACACCAGUGUACGACGAGAAUGAGACUCCAGAAGAUAUUGAGGAACGCGAGCGCCGCAAGGCCGAACGACUAGCCCAAUUGAGGGACGACCCAUACUACAUCUUGGAUGAUAAACCCAAGAUAGCCGCCCAUGAUGUGGACUCCAUUCCGGUGGUUCGAUUAGAUGAUGUGCCUUCUCUGAACACUCGUUCCGCUGAUGAACGUUUGGUGUCCUUACGAGUAUCAUCUCAUUCUUCCGGUUCUCAAUCUUUUGUCAUUGACCGAAAUGGGGAAAUGCCCAAAGGUGCAACGAGUUCGAGGCCGUCCCAAACACCACCGCAGAAGCCGGGCACCCCACAAACGACAUCGGGGACCAAUUCGCCAUAUCCUGCAGUCCUCUCCUCGUUUCCCCAGUACGACGUACCUGACAGUGACAUUCGGACGGCGACACCCGAACCUAUCAAAGUUGUUCGAGCGAAGAAGGGAGCAGGGAAGAAGAAGCGGACAAAGACGUAG